AUGAAGCGGAAGAGCGAGCGGCGGCCGAACUGGGCCGCCGCGCCCCCCUGCUCGCGGCGGUGCUCGUCGUCCUCGCCGGGAGUGAAGAAGAGCCGCAGCUCCACGUCGCAGGAACUGCACCACCUGGACCGGCAGGACGACCUGUACCUGGACAUCACCGCUUUUCAUGGAUACUGCUCCAACAAAGAUCGCCUUUGUUUUGCCAUUCUCUACAGCAGACCAAAGAGUUCAUCAAAUGUACAUUAUUUCAGCAUAGAUAAUGAACUUGAAUAUGAAAACUUUUACGCAGAUUUUGGACCACUCAAUCUAGCAAUGGUUUACAGAUAUUGCUGCAAGAUUAAUAAGAAAUUAAAGUCCAUUACAAUGAUGAGGAAGAAAAUUAUUCAUUUUACUGGCCCUGAUCAGAGAAAACAGGCAAAUGCUGCUUUCCUUGUUGGAUGUUAUAUGGUUAUAUAUUUGGGGAAAACUCCAGAAGAAGCAUAUAGAAUAUUAAUGUUUGGAGAUACAUCCUAUAUUCCUUUCAGAGAUGCUGCCUAUGGGAGUUGCAAUUUCUACAUUACACUUCUUGACUGUUUUUAUGCAGUAAAGAAGGCAAUGCAGUAUGGCUUCCUUAAUUUCAACUCCUUUAACCUCGAUGAAUAUGAAUACUAUGAAAAAGCAGAAAAUGGAGAUUUAAAUUGGAUAAUACCAGACCGAUUUCUUGCCUUCUGUGGACCUCAUUCAAGAACCAGACUUGAAAGUGGUUACCACCAACAUUCUCCUGAGGCUUAUAUUCCAUAUUUUAAGAAUCACAACGUUACUACCAUUAUUCGUCUGAAUAAAAGGAUGUAUGAUGCCAAACGCUUUACGAACGCUGGUUUCGAUCACUAUGAUCUUUUCUUUGCGGAUGGCAGCACGCCUACUGAUGCCAUUGUUAAAGAAUUUCUGGAUGUUUGUGAAAAUGCAGAGGGUGCCAUUGCAGUACACUGUAAAGCUGGCCUUGGACGAACAGGCACUUUGAUAGCCUGCUACAUCAUGAAGCAUUACAGGAUGACAGCAACCGAGGCCAUUGCUUGGGUCAGAAUCUGCAGACCUGGCUCAGUGAUUGGACCUCAGCAACAAUUUUUGAUGAUGAAACAGGCAAGCCUCUGGAUGGAAGGUGACUAUUUUCGUCAAAAGUUAAAGGGUCAGGAGAAUGGAAGACACAGAGCAGCUGUCUCAAAACUCCUCUUGGCUGUUGAUGACAUUUCAAUCAAUGGGGUCGAGAAUGAAGACAAGCAAGAACAUGAACUGUACAGUGAUGAUGACGAAAUCAAUGCAGUGACACAAGGUGAUAGACUUCGGGCCCUGAAAAGCAGAAGACAAUCAAAAACAAACGCUAUUCCCCUCACAGUAAUUCUUCAGUCCAGUGUUCAGAGCUGUAAAACAUCUGAACCUAACAUUUCUGGCAGUGCAGGCAUUACUAAAAGAACCACCAGAUCUGCUUCAAGAAAAAGCAGUUUUAAAAGCCUGAUUCCUCAGAGGGAAAGAAGGAAAAGGAAUGCUUUGCAACAAAUGCCCUUCAUGGCAUUAUGGUACUCUCAUUGCUCGGCCGCUUUUGCACUCCCUUCUUUUUUUAUUGUUUUUCUAUUGUUUUUUAAUUUUUUGCAGAACUGAACCUUUUUCUGCUCUGCCUCUUCUCUCCUGUUUGUCUUUACUUUAUGGUUGAUAUUGUACUGUCUUUUCCAAAGUAUCCGUCAUUAAAGAAUUAUACAAAGUGUAUACUUUUUAGCAUGUCAAUAUUUUUAUUAUGUUGCCUUCCUUGUCUUUGAUAACUACAUAUGGGACACUUAAAAGCCUUCAUGGUAAAAUCCUUUUUUUUUUCCCCUGUAGUCCCUCCAUUUCAAGGACUAAAACAGUCUUGCGUUAAGUAAAAACCUGUGACCAGAACUUGAAGGAAGACUCUAGGAACAGAAAACUACAACGGGACUUUAGCACAAUUUAUUUGGAAACAAAACAGAAUUGCAAAAGCCUUAGCUGCUUUCCACCUAAGAAGUUUAUUCAAUGAAGAAAAUGUCCACUGGAAUUUAAAUAACUACAUGAGUUUGGGUACAAGUGAAUGACUCGAAGAGGGCCCAACUCUCCUUCUAUAGAAAUGUCUUUAACAAAAAAAGCUGUUGUAAAUUAGUCUCAGGUGUAAAUAUCAAAGCCCUCUGUUAUCAGGAGAGCUGACUAGUCUGUGUGGUGCACGUGCGUCCCUGUGAUGGCAAUCAGUUUAGCUGCUGGCCUUCAGAAGAAUUGAGGGUCUGAUGGAGGUUUUUUACUUAUUUAUUUGCUGUUCACCCUGUGUCAAAAUUUAUAAAGAUAAAACAAGCAUUACUGAAAUGGUACUUUCUGUAAUUUGAUACUAUUUGGUUUAAUCAUCUUCACUUUAGUAUUUGUAAUACUGUUAUAAUGUUAACUCUGUCAAGUACCCAAGCUGCUUGUCUUCCACCAAAGAGUGCUUUACUAACAAGAAUCUGUGAAAACCACAUUUGAAGGCUGUUGCAUGUUGCGGUACUUUGGUAACCUAAAACUUUCAAGAGAAUGUUAAUAGUAGCUUUAGAAGACUCAGGAGGAGAACCUGGCUACAGAGUUGGAAGACGGUUGUUAAGUCAUUCAUUUGUCAUUUCGAGACUGAAGAAUGCCAAGGCUGCCCACUAUUUGGUUGCCCAGUCAUACAAAUUAAAAUCAUAUUUCCUUCCAUGCAGGAAAAAACCCCACACUGUUGGUGUUUCCCCUGGAAACAGUGAUCCCAAAUAAUGGUGACUUUUUAAAAAAGUUACUUUGUUAGGGUCUUUCUCUGUAGCAUUGUGGAUUUUUUUUGUUAUGUGAAUGACCUAAGGCCAUUCACACAUCCUUUGGUUUCAGUGACAGUUAUUCGUAUCUGGAUUUCAGUUGUUUGUAAAUAAGAAACUCACUGUUGCCUUUGGUUAGGGAAUACAACUAAUAACUCUUUGCAGAGUGCCUUCUCCCCUCAACCCCACAGAAACACAGCAGAGUCUGUAAUGUAAAACAAUCAUAAAACAGAAUUUAUUUGCUGCUAAAAAAAACAAAAAGUGGGUCCCAAAAGAAAAAAAUAUUUGUAAUCAUCUUGGUUACCUCCAUAAGAAGUGAAUGGUUUAGUUAUUGCUAACCAGUGUUUGCCUGUCCUAGUCUGGAGAAUGGGGAGAUGAUACAAUAUUAAAAGGCAAAAUGCCUUCACGUUAUAAGAUGAAUGAAUCAGGACAGUAGGCAAUUCCAUUUUUAAAAAGCUGCCUUUUUAAUACAAAUAGGAAGAAUAAGGAGUGGUUGGAAUAAACAGAUUAAAGUCUGCUAAUGCAGAAAGUAAUUAGAGGACGGUGGAUCUAUUUUGGUAUUUACUCUCUUGGAGUAAAUUGUAAGGUUGCCUAGUUUUGAGGGGAGAUGGAAGAUGCCAUUGUUUUUGGCCAAACAAGCAUUUGUUUGAGGUGCUCCUCACUGGGCACCAUGAGGGCCAUGCCAGCUUUUUUCUGAGGACUGGACCUCAGAAAAACAGUGUUUUUCUAUCCCUGGAAGUUCAUAAAUAUAAAGACCUACUUACCUGAGGGAAGACAGCUCUUCAUUAAGCUUUGAGUGGGAGGGGAAACCUUCUGUUUGCUGUGUUGGUCUGGGAGAUGAUACUAAAUAUUGAAGCUGUGCCCAGGCGUUAAACACUGAAUUCUCAGGGCAACUCUUCUUCCCUUUAUACUUUGAAAGGCCAUCUCCUGCAUAAACAAUCCCGGUAGUUGUGAAAAUCAAACUUCCGUCUGAACCGUUCUUGCUGGUCAGGACAAGUAAACGUGCCGUCACCCUCACAGCGAAUAAGCUAUUUGGUGUCUCUUGGGCUUCAAUGUACCUUUCGUUUUACAAAUUGCCUUUCUGUGUGGCUGCUCAGGUGUCCAGCUAGAAUUGCUGUCACUGUGGUUCUUUCUAAAAAUCCUUGUAUUUGACGGGCUCACUGAAAUGAGUCAUCGCAAACUAGUCAUUUGUUAAAGAAGCCUUCCUUGGAACACACAAUCUGGGAUAGUGCUUCAGACGGAUCGUAUAUAGCACAGUGUUAAAUGUACUGGGGACAUCUAGAAUCUAGGAAGUCUCUGCAUCUGAUUGAUGGAAAGUUCUUCCUGCUGUGAAUAAAAGUAGACUCUUCCCCCGGCCCCCAACUGAAACUUUAACAUACCCAAGAAUCUUCUGAGAUUCUCAUUUUUAAUUUGUUAUAGAAGAUCUUGUUGCUAUGGAAUAUGAAACAGGGCAUGUCAGAUGGAGAGAUUUCUUUAACUUCAGAGCCUUAAAUAACUUUGAAAGUACACCAAGACAGUUUCCAUUGGAAUUAAAAUUAGAAAUGAAUAUUUUUAGGUGCCCUUGAAGCUUUCUGGGGACUCAAACUAUCAAGAGUUAGGGACGGUCCAAAAGAAGGGUGGUCUGCCAAACUGGGUACCUAGACAUAUAGACAGACUUCCAUUGUGUAAUGCUACAGAAAAACUAGAAAUCCCUCUAACCUGUCGGUGAAGAGGGACGGAUCCUGAGCAGUGCCUCACUAAAACAAGCAGCCUUACUUGUCAAGAUGUAGCUGCAUCUAAGCGGCCCGCCACUCUUCUAGUCUCCAGAAUUUUUCUGCUGUGAACUCGAUCCUCUGAGCCUGUCCCCCACCCACUUCCUUCCCUGCCCUCCUCCGCCUCUCACAGGGGUGAUUUCUACCUCUUGGGCCCCGACAAGAUUGAAGGAGUCCCCAAGUGUUCUCAUGAGUCCCCAGGUGUCUCCCCUUGGGUGAACCCUUUGGCAUCUGGUGUUCUGGGCCGCGUCAUGCCAAGAGCUCCGGGAGCCCUUCCCUUGCUUGACCAGUGGGCCUUGCGUUCCUUUGAUGUUUGUCAGAAAGUGGCUGAGCUGCUUCUCUUCAUACAGUUUUUAAAGUGAUGAUUGCAUUUUGGAAAGCAGUGCUCAUUACAAACAACUUUAAAAACAUGUUUUCAUUCUUUCCUAGUUCUUUCCCACCGAAACUGUCCUUGUGGGGCUAGCUGCUGCUCUUCCUUUUCUCCUAGAUCUGAGUAUUCGCCAUGUCACUAAGUGGAAAUACUACAGAUGUGUUUAAUUGACUGGACAGUUCACCUAAUCUGUGUAGGAAAUUACCUCCUUAAUUGCCCAGUAGAAUUAACUGUCAGCAGAUACAUUCAUCUGAUUAUAUUACUGCAGUUUUAUAUUAAUGAUUUGCAGACUUUUAUCUAACCUGCCCUCAUGUAUAGAUUAUUAAAACUUUUAAAAUGUGACUGAUUAAUCAGUAUUGGAUCAAUCGUUGUCUUGAUUUUUUUUUAAUUAAAAUGUAUAUUUCUAAUCAUAUUUUAUAAAGCUGAGAGAACUAGUUGAAUGUUUAUUUUCCUGAAGGUAUUUUUAAGAUAAAGCUUCAUAAUGGCGUGUAAACUUUGCAUAUCUAUAUAGUUUGAUACAUAUUGUCACAUUUGUGUAUUGUAACUGGUUUUAUACGAAAUGUUGAAUAGUGGAAAUUGUAUAAUUAUAAUCAUGUAAUUAAAAGUAUUAACCAAACA